CUGCCUGUUGGCCUCUCUCUGUCGUGGCCGCGGCGUCUGUCUGGUCUCCUGAUCUCUGCAACUAUGAAGAUCAGCCUGGACUAACUGUGGAGUUCAAGACCCACCUGCCGGAAUGGACCUAGCAGGUUAUCACCCACAGCUGCCCCAGCCUCUUGUCCACCACCCUGGCAGCUACCCGGACAAUGAGUUCAAUUCAGAGGGAUCAUCAACAUCUCGGGAGUUAAAGACAGAGCCACACGGCAGAGCAGAGGCAGAGGAGAGCUGUCCCAUCUGUGGGGACAAAGUGUCAGGAUACCACUAUGGACUGCUCACUUGUGAAAGCUGCAAGGGCUUCUUCAAACGCUCAGUGCAGAAUAACAAGCAUUACACCUGUGCAGAUCGACAGAACUGCCCCAUGAACCUUUCCCAGAGGAAACGUUGUCCUUCCUGCCGCUUCCAGAAGUGUUUGGCAGUGGGCAUGAAGAGAGAAGCUGUAAGAGCAGAUCGUAUGAGAGGUGGCAGGAAUAAAUUUGGGCCUCUGUAUCGACGGGACAGGCAGAUGAAGCAGCAAAGGGUCGAUUCCCGAGCAAACACCGCUCCCUACAGGAUUAAGAUGGAAACUGCACAAAGACACUGGCCCUCAGCUGCAAACGACCUUCACCCGAUGAGCAGUCACACAAGCACUUUGUUGUCCUCUGAUGCUUUUCAUCAAUCCCACGUGUAUCCCUCGGGCAUGGGGCAGCAGGGCGCGUCCAUGCCACUGGACUGCACAACGCACGCAGACAGGGGGCUCACUCCUCCAUCCCUGCCCUGUCCUGGACUGUACCACCGCACUCUCCCUGGAUUUGGCCAGGAGAAAGGAGAGAUGGCUUUUGGCUGCAGCACGGCUCCCUCGAAUUAUCCAUUGCACCCAACCCCAAACAGUUCCUUCACACCAAGAGGCACGCCAGCAUCAUCCCCCUGCUCCACACCGAGCUCGAACACCGCUCUCUCCCAAGCUCUCAUCCAAACCCACACUCCCCCGCCGGCCACACUUACGACCAACUUCCUAAACCAACUCCUGGAGGGCGAGCAGGAUGAGAGCCAGUUGUGUGCCAAGGUCCUGGCCAGCCUGCAGAGGGAACAGGCCAGCCGAGGCAAACACGACCGCCUAAAUACAUUCAGCAUCAUGUGCAAGAUGGCCGACCAGACAAUGCAUGGUCUUGUGGAGUGGGCCAGGAACACUGCACUCUUCAAGGAGCUCAAGGUGGAGGACCAGAUGUCGCUGCUGCAGAGCUGCUGGAGUGAGUUGCUGGUCCUGGACCACCUCUGUAGACAGGUGGCCUAUGGCAAAGAGGGAUGCAUAUAUCUGGUCACAGGACAACAGAUUGAGGUGUUGACCGUCGUAUCUCAGGCAGGAGUGAUACUGAGUAGCCUGGUAUCCAGGACCCAAGACCUGGUCUAUAAAUUGAAGACACUCCAGUUAGACAGACAUGAGUUUGUCUGUCUCAAGUACUUGGUGCUAUUCAACCCCGAUGUGAAACAUGUGCAGAGUCGAAGGCAGGUGGAGCAGACUCAAGAGAGGGUGAACAGGACCCUGAUGGAGCACACGCAGCGAAGUCAUCCAGGACACUCGGAUAAGUUUGGCCAGCUGUUGCUUCGCCUGCCUGAGGUGCGAAGCAUUAGCUUGCAGGUCGAGGAGUAUUUGUACCAGCGCCAUCUUCUGGGAGACUUGCCCUGCAACUCUCUCCUCACAGAGAUGCUUCACACCAAGCACAACUGAGGUGGUGCUGUAAAUGUUUGUACCUCAUUUUCUGCUUUCCAGCUCCAAAUGUCCUUUCUUUUUUACUAUUGAUGAUUGUUCCUAGAGUAAACAGGUAUGCUCUCUAUAACAGCACUUUUGGUGACGGUCGCAGAAGUGAUGUGUCAUCCAGGAUCAGCAGUGAGGGGGAAUAUUUACUAAACCUGUGCCAUGCUUUGCCCAAGUUCAAAUUAUCAACAGUAUUACCACAGCCACACUGCCUUAUAAAGAAUUGGCCAGGGUUGUUGUGAGAGUUCAGAUCAAAGUUCUAUCACGAUGUUUUCGGUAAGAAGGAAGAGCUUAGCUGUUCAAACAAGAAA